AUGGUUUCCUUUGUCAAACCUCUCCUAAGGAACAUCAUUAACAGAAGUGCGUUUGAUGGCCUCAAGAGGAAGCAAUGCCUUCAGUAUGUGAAAGCCCUGAGAACACUCCAGCACGAGGGAUUCAAGACGGUGUACUUUGGAGAGACGGAUAUCCCAGAGAGCCUCGUCACCGGGGAAGAUUUUCACGAUGGCUACUUCAUGCAGACUCCAACGUGGUGCAUUGUGCAUGGUGGGGGCAGCCAUGGGUGGGUGCCUUGGAAGUACCGGAUGUUCUUAAGAGAUGAGUUAUCCAUCAACAAAAAGGACAACCUCUUCUCUGAGUUCUGUGAUAUGACGAGGAGGGCCUAUGGGAAGUGUGCCAUUGUGGUCAAAAGGGGAACGCAGCAGGAAGAGAUGAAACUAAUGGACGACAAGGAGUUCAAGGUCCAGGGCCAAGUCACCAUUAACCUAACAGGCAUCGUGUGCUGCCCGGAUGUGGCCAGGUCCCACGGCCAUCAGCUGCUCUCUCUGCCAUCCCCUUACUAUUACUUGAACCCCUUAGACUCCGCCUGGUCUUCUCUGAAAUGGUUUGUCAUCAAUAACAGAAGGGAGUUUUGUCUGCACUCCACUGACACAAUCUACUCCUAUCAAUACAUACUUUUCAGCGACUUAAUUAGCAGAGGGAUUGAAAGGGUCAACCCGAGCAAAUGGAAAAUACUGACAAACAAGGUACGGAGAUGGGAAAACUACUAUCUUGGGAAAUUUUCCUAA